AUGCCACUAGUUCCUGGUUAUAGUACUCUCGCUUCGCACAAUAUCUGCACUCUGGCCUUCUUUCUGCGCUCUUCUAUUGGCGCUAUGCCUGUAGUCAUUGACCCACACAAGGGUAUUUGUUUUGUGGCAGAGGCAGCCCUGCCGUCGUUCUUUUCUUGCGGACUCGACCAGCUCGAUUGGGAUAGUCACAUUUCGCCUGCGCCAGAACCUUCUCCAGUGGUGGAGAACGUGCCGCAGACUCGCAAGCAGCGCAAACAAGAGAAAAAACAGGCCGUAGCCGCCCGGCGCCGGCGCCAGCGACUUGAAAGUUUGGGUGGAAACGAAGGGAAAUCCGAAAGAAAAACACGCCUCAGUGAUGCCGCAGCGUCGCAGCGGCUCUCUAAUCUCCGCCUGAGUCUUAACAAAAGGGCCAUCGACGAUGUGGUAGCUACUAUUGGCCUGAUCAAGCUUUUCCGCUCAGACAUUGAGCUUUUGAUGCCAGAACAAUGGCUCAACGACAACAAUAUUGCCUUUGUAUAUGAGGCGCUCUGGACCCAUUUUCUUCGGCCCCACGAGUUUGGGUCCCAUGUCUAUCUCAUGUACCCUGCGCUCGUGCAAAUCCUCGUGCAUUAUCCCAUUGAAAGUGAAAUCAAAGAGAUUCUUCCCCUCCAGCCAUUGUUGGAACUGAAACUUGUAUUUCUACCUUUCAACUUUGUCGACGCAGACACAUUUAUGGAAGACGCAAAUGUUGGAGACCACUGGGCCCUAGCUCUUUUGUGCGUGCCAGAAAAGACUUUGUAUAUUUAUGACUCGAUGGCAGUUGACAGCGAUGGAGCAUUUAUCAAGCGUUUCGUCGAACGCAUCGAAAAGACCAUUUUUAAGAGGGGCACCAUUACCGUUCGCCAUAUGAAAUGCGCUCAACAGGACAACUUUGAUGAUUGUGGUGUCUAUGUCAUUAUGUUCACUUGUCUCUUAGUGUCCCUUUUGCUUUCAGGCGAACCGACGCUGUUUGAUUUAGCCAAUGUCCGUUUGGAUGGGCUACAAGGACGGCUAUCAAUCAUGGAACUCGUGCAUCGUAUUGCAACCUCUGCAGACGCAAGCAAAGAAUGUGAAGUAUGA